AUGCCUUCGCAAGAGAACCCUUGGGCCUAUAUCCCGUCAACCUUUGUGCUAUGCCCGGGUUGCACGUGGUCAAGUCACCGGAGCGGAGUGGCGAACUUGGCGCCGUUGCCCAGAGCUAGUGCUGCCUGGACGACGACGACGUUGGGGACGUUCGCGACACCCGUGUCGGUGUUGCGCCGAAUACGAGUCCCUCUGGACGAAUUUCCAGCAUCCAUUGAAAGCGAACGGCGUGCUGCGUGCGUAUGGAGAACGGCAAACCCGACGGGUCGUCUACGCCAGCUUUUUGCGAAACUCGAGCGCUUUAGCGUGGACAUUAAUGUACCGGGUGCGGAGGCCCCGAUUCAACUCGAGACAGGGUUUUUCGCCCGUCAGGCCGGUGGCGCCGUGGCGGUGCGCUCCGGAGACACGGUCGUCUACUGCACGGCUUGCUCGGACGCGGAGCUCUCACCGAACAUCGAUUUCGUGCCACUUCGCGUCGACUAUGUGGAAAAAUUCUCCGCUGUCGGUCGUACAUCCGCCGGAUACCUGAAGCGGGAACGACCUGGCGAUCGUGAAAUUCAGGUUUCGCGCCUCAUUGACCGACCACUGCGGCCUUGUAUUGCUGAAGGCUUCUUCAAAGAAACCCAAGUCCUGGCCAACGUGUUCUCAUUCGACGGCACCCACCAGGCGGACACACUGGCUAUUUGCGGUGCCGGAGCGGCGCUGGCGCUCUCCCCAGUGCCCAUGUGCGCUCGGGUAGCGGGUGUUCGCAUCGGAAUGCGUCAGGAUGGAAGCUUUGUGGUGAAUCCGACCGAGCAACAAAUGCGCGGUGAAUGCAAAUACAUGGACAUGGUGGUAGCGGGCACCAGCAGCGCAGUGCUUAUGAUCGAAGCGGGAUGUCUCUUCGCCUCUGAGCAGCAGAUUGCUGAGGCUAUUGAAGUCGCGCAACGAGCGAUUGCACAAAUCUGUGAGGGCAUCGAACGACUGGAAGCGCUGGUGACUGCAGCGCAUCCCGAGCGUGCUCCCAAAGAUGACGCUGACCUGCGUCGUGUGCGCGACACCUUGCUGGAGCAGACGAGGAAGAUCGCACGAAAGAUGGGUCUCUCGCAAGCUAUUCGAAUCGCGGAGAAGAAGCAGCGUGAAGCGGCACUGGCGGAAAUACGCGAACAAGUGCUGGAGGAGCUUUUGGAUGCUGUCACAGAGCAGGAGCUCGAGACGCACGGUGCCGCCGAUGAGGAAGCGUUCGAAACACUCUGUCGGAUGGCGUGGAAACGGGUACUCUCCAGCGAGAUGCGUCGUCUCAUUGUACGUGAAAAAGUCCGUGCAGAUGGACGAAAGCCGCAUCAAGUGCGCCCCAUUGAUAUUGUGCAAACGCCGCUGCCUUGCGCGCAUGGCUCGACGCUUUUCACCCGCGGUGAGACGCAGACACUCGCUGUCGUGACGCUGGGCGGUCAGGAUAGCGCCCAGCGUUCCGAAUCGCUGCUCGGAGAGCAUACCGCUCAUUUUUACCUGCAGUACAUGUUUCCGCCUUUUGCGGUCGGCGAGGUAGGACGCAUUGGAGCACCAGGCCGCCGCGAGAUUGGCCAUGGCAUGCUCGCCCAGCGAGCAUUGGAGCCCGUUGUACCUCCUCGCGAGGUCUUCCCAUACGUGAUACGCGUGGAGAGCAAUAUCAUGGAGAGCAACGGGAGCAGUUCCAUGGCGUCGGUUUGUGGAGGCAGCCUAGCGCUCAUGGAUGCCGGCGUUCCGGUGAGUGCAGCGGUUGCGGGCGUCGCCAUGGGCCUCAUUCUCGACCAGACGACUGAGGAACCGGACGUGUCGCGUCAGUCGCCCUCCUAUCUCAUACUGACGGAUAUUUUGGGUAUGGAAGAUGCGCUCGGCGAUAUGGAUUUCAAAGUUGCGGGCACACGUACCGGCAUCACCGCCUUGCAAAUGGAUAUCAAGGUCGAGGGCAUAACGCUUGGAAUCAUCAGAGAGGCCCUGGAGCAGGCGCGCGACGCAAGAAUCCACAUGCUGGAUGUGAUGGAUGCGGCAUGCAGCGCGCCCAGAUCAACGGUACCCAGUUCGGUACCGAAGAUCAAGAUCAUCAACAUUGAUCCGAAACGCAUCGGAGACGUCAUCGGCCCGGGCGGCAGGGUCGUGCGCAGCAUCAUCGAAGCGUGUGGCGGCGAGGAGAACAUCACAAUCGACAUCGAACCGGACGGUGUCGUGAGCAUCCUCGGACCCGAGACAGAGCUCUUGGAGCGAGCGGCGCGUAUGAUUCGUAAUAUCACCAUGGACGUUGAGGUGAGUCAGGUCUUCGAACAGGCUCGGGUAACCAAAGUCCUUCCGUUUGGUGCGUAUGUCGAAUUGGAUCCUCUGACGGGCAAGGAGGGAUGGUUGCACAUCUCCGAAAUCGCUUGGCACCACAUAGACCGAAUUGAGGACGUUCUGCGUGAAGAUCAAGUUAUUGCCGUGAAAGUUCUUGAGGUGAAUGCACGAGGCCAGGUCCGCGUUAGUCGCAAGGCCUUGUUGGAACGACCGCAGCCCUCUGAUGCUGCCGCCGGUGCAUCCGCGAAUGGGACUCGUGCCAAUACAAGCAGAAACGUGACUUUAUCGGACGCUCCAGGGUCGGGGUCAAGUGCGCGGCCAGGCCGCUCUCCAUCGUCGUCGUCGUCAGCGCCGAGGUCUGCACCGAAUCGACCAUCGUCUUCGUCAACGUCUGGGAAUCCGGCGAUAAAACCAACGCAGCCGGCGCCUCCGGAAGAGACAUAA